GCAUGAAAAAAUCCAGCACGCGACAUGGGGAAACUCGAGCGCAGUAUUUCCUCUCCGGAACCGUCUUUCACCCGGCAGGGCUCAGCCAACACCCGUCUCCGCUCCCGGCUGAGAGAGGGGACAGCAGACAGUCUCCUAUGGAGCCACGACUCAAGGUCAACUCGGAUGUGACAGCAGCCGCUGCAGGCCCAACGGCCACCGCGCUGUUACGGAUCACAACAGUACACGCGUUUCAGGUGCUCGCCCAGGCUUCGCGCGCAUCCAGGCAGGCUCACGCCUCACCGGGAAGCGGGUGUCCCUGUGCUGUGCGUACCCCGCCUGGGAGCACCUCCUACCCGCUUUUAGCUUCCCAGGGACGCAUCUGCACAAAGACGUCCCCGUGGGGUGAUGCUGGGGCUGGUCUCUGGGUUGGGAAGGUGGAGACCCAGGACCCUGCUCUGUCGGGGCCUCUCGGAGCCCAGAGAUCCUCCUGGAAGACCAAGCUAUUGCUGCUGGACGUACGGCAUCCAGGCUUCUCCUCGGGUGCCCACCUGGCUGGAGGCCAGGGUGGGGUCCCUCGGUGGAUCGUCGAUGGGCUCAGCGUGUCCCCGACAGAAGACAGUGCCUGA